UCAGGCCCACGAACGCAUCGCACAAGCAGCAGUGCGGCCAUGGCGGCUCCUCCUCCUCCUCCCAUCCGAAGCAAGCAGAGCGAGAUCUGGAAGGCGGCCAUGGCGCGCCUCGCGCUCCUCGCCGUCCCCGUCGCGCUCCUCCUCUCCCUCUCCUUCCUCCUCCUGCGCCCCGCCUCCCCGCCGCUCCCCUUCUCGCGGCAGCAAGCGGCGUCCGGCCCCGACCGCCGCCGCCUCCUCAGGGUCUACGUUGCGGAGCUCCCCCGCGCGCUCAACCACGGCCUCCUCGACCUCUACUGGUCGCUCCCCGCCGCCGACUCCCGCAUCCCGGCCUCCUCCGACCCCGACCACCCGCCGCCGCGGCCUCCGCGCGCGCACUCGCCGUACCCGGAUAGCCCACUGAUUAAGCAGUACAGCGCCGAGUACUGGCUCCUCGCCUCCCUCCAGCCGGGCUCGUCGUCCGCGCCCGCCGUCAGGGUGGUCGCGGACUGGAGGGACGCGGAUGUGGUGUUCGUCCCCUUCUUCGCGACGCUGUCCGCGGAGAUGGAGCUCGGGUGGGGCGCCAAGGGCGCGUUCCGCAGGAAGGAGGGGAACGAGGACUACCGCCGCCAGCGGGAGGUCGUCGACCGCGUCACCGCCCACCCAGCGUGGCGGCGCUCCGGUGGCCGUGACCACGUCUUCGUCUUGACAGACCCUGUGGCGAUGUGGCAUGUCCGUAAAGAGAUUGCUCCUGCAAUUCUUUUGGUGGUUGAUUUUGGCGGAUGGUACAAACUUGAUUCAAACUCUGCAAGCAGCAAUGUUUCUCAUAUGAUACAGCAUACGCAAGUGUCAUUGCUCAAAGAUGUCAUUGUACCUUACACUCAUUUGCUCCCUACAAUGCACUUAUCAGAGAAUAAGGACCGCCCCACUCUUCUGUACUUCAAGGGAGCCAAACACAGGCAUCGGGGUGGUUUGGUACGGGAGAAACUAUGGGACUUGAUGGUUAAUGAGCCUGAUGUUGUCAUGGAAGAAGGUUAUCCUAAUGCCACAGGACGUGAACAAUCAAUAAAAGGGAUGCGGACAUCAGAGUUUUGCUUGCACCCAGCUGGUGACACCCCAACUUCAUGUCGUCUCUUUGAUGCUGUUGCUAGUCUGUGCAUACCUGUCAUUGUCAGCGAUGAGAUUGAGCUGCCCUUUGAAGGGAUGAUAGAUUACACAGAAUUCGCCAUUUUUGUCUCAGUCAAUAAUUCUAUGAGACCAAAAUGGCUCACAAACUACUUAAGAAAUGUCCCCAGGCAGCAGAAAGAUGAAUUCCGAAGAAACAUGGCUCACGUCCAGCCUAUAUUUGAGUAUGAUAGUAUUUACCCAGGUAGGAUGGCCUCUGCUGCACAAGAUGGUGCUGUGAACCACAUCUGGAAAAAGAUUCACCAGAAGUUGCCGAUGAUUCAAGAAGCGGUUACCCGAGAGAAGCGAAAACCUGAUGGAACAUCGAUCCCUCUUCGGUGCCAUUGUACAUGACUCGCGAGACAUGAUUGUUAGUAUUAGCAAUCAAUCCCCCAUGGGAGGAGUUAGUUAGCAUUCCCUGCCAAUUUAUGGAUUGUUUGUAGUGCAAAUAUGAGAGAAAUUUCAACAGUAGGUUUAUGCUCUUGUUGUCAAUUGUAUUUCGUCUGGAGUGAUUCCCCGCAUUGCUCCAUGUGUGAGGUUUGUUGGUUCACUGCCAUGAGAAUUCAUAUAUGAAUCUGCCCAUUCGGCAGACAAUUUUCCAUAUUACUCAGAGAGAAGCUUGAGACA